AUGGCCGAUUCGAUAAAAGUGUUGGUUGUGGGCUCCGCAUUCGGCUCUAUCACCUCUCUCUUUGAAAAGGUUUCAGCUAUCGAUAAAAAGCAUGGCAAAUUCUCUGUGCUUUUGUGCACUGGUGACUUUUUCAGCGGACCCGUGUCACUCGAAGGUGCUCCAGAUGAGGUCUCUUUAUUACUGGAUGGCAAAAUAACGGUACCGAUGACUACGUACAUUACUCAAGGAGAGUAUAAGCUCCCGCCUAAAGUACUGGCCAAAGUAGCCGAAACGGGUGGCGAGAUAUGUCCGAACGUAAUCUACCUUGGCAAAGCGGGUAUUAUGAAUGUUACAAGCAAGAUUCGAGUAGGAUGUUUAGGGGGUAUCUUAGACAUUGAGAAAUUCAUAGAAACAACCGAGGACCCGGCUUCACCAUACAUCAACCAAGCAACUAUCAAAGCAUUCAAUACCCACCCACUUCUUUCUGCUCCUGAUGACGGCAGUCUCGCAUCCGCAAAAGCAGUGUCAUCAGGUGUUGGCACGUCCUCAUAUGUUGAUAUACUCAUCACACAUCUCUGGCCCCCUUCAAUUACGCGACUAUCCAGCAGCGUUGCACCUGUUCUAAAUGCAUCGGGAACGCCGCUCGAUCCAGCAACCUGGUCUGCCCCUCCGCUCGACGCGUUGACGCUGGGGUGUAAGCCAAGGUACCACUUCGCGUCUGCAGGAGGGUCUCCGAACUCGUUCUUCUGGGAGCGUGAACCGUGGGUGUGGGAUGGGGAAGACCAGCGAGUAGCAAGGUUCGUAAAUCUGGGAACAUUUGGAGAGAGCGGAGUCCCGCUCGAAGCUGGCGCCAAAAAGCCCAGGUGGUUUUACGCAUUUUCGAUUGCUCCAACGGAUUCCGCUACUCCUCAGCGGGCAAGCGGCCCAUCGACGAACAUGGAUCCACGACCUCGACAUUCACCCCAAGUUCAAAUGCUCAUGGGGGUGAACACGCCAAGCGUCCUAGGACAGACGACCACGGUGGCACCCAAAAACCUCUGCCAGCCGGAUACAAGUGCAAAAAUUGCUCAGAAGAAAAUGCAAACUCACUGGAGCUCCGAUUGUCCAAACAAGGUUGAAGAUCGACCGCCGCCUGGUUAUAAGUGCAACCGUUGUGGUUCAAGCGAGCACUACGUCCGAAAAUGCCCAUCAAUCCCAGAAGGAUAUGUAUGCAAGAAAUGUGGCGGAACGGACCAUUUCAUCCGAAACUGCCCGAAUGCAAACACGGCGAAACGUCCGCCUGACACGUACACUUGUCGGGCGUGCGGUAGCAGUGAGCAUUACUUUAAAGACUGCCCUCAGGCCGCUCCGCGACAGGGUCCACUCAAGGAGAUUGGGCCCGAUGAGUGCUGGUUCUGUUUAUCUAAUCCAGCAGUAACAAAACAUCUUAUUGUAUCCAUUGGGAGCGAGUGCUACGUCACUCUUCCCAAAGGUCAACUCAUUCCCACCGAUCCUUCAGGAAAACCCCCCUUGGUUCCAGGUGGCGGGCAUCUUCUCAUUAUUCCCAUUGCUCACUACCCGACACUACUUUCCGCACCACCAGAAUUAGCGAUUUCAAUAAUAGCCGAAGUCGAGCAAUACAAAUCAGCGCUCCGUAACCUAUUCGCCAAACACGGAGCAGCAGCAGUCAUGUUUGAGGUUGCGCGCCUGUCUGGGAGGGGUGGUCAUGCACAUAUUCAAGUCGUGCCUGUACCCCUCGACAAAGCUGACAAGGUUGAAGACAUAUUCUACAACAACGCACAGAGGGAGGGGAUAAAGUGGGAGCAAGACGCCGAAGCAGCUCUCGAGGGCGCCAAACGUGGUGGAGGGAACUAUUUCCGAGUCGAUUUGCCGGAUGGGAGGAAGAUGAUUUCGCUCAUCCGGGGACCGUUCAAUUUACAGUUUGGGAGAGCGACCCUGGCCGAAUUUCUUGGAUUGCCUGAGCGAGCGGAUUGGAAAGCGUGUUCGGAGAACGAUGCUCAGCAACGUACGGACGCGGCCAAAUUCAAAAAGGCGUUUGCUUCGUUUGACCCAGCGCUUCAAUAA